UUUUGCACUUGAGAAGCUGUUGUCAACGGGCAAGCACAAAGUUCACCUUUCAGCUUUGAUCACAAGCCUCAAGGUUUCAAAACCAACAAGGUUAAUGCGGUUGACUACAAACAACUUAUCUAAAACUCUUCGCUUUUAAUUACAAACAAGUUACUUGUUCUUGAAGGAUCUGCAGAAUGGCUAAUAUAACGAAAGACACCUGUGAUCUUUUGCAAAACUCUGCUCAGAAAAUUUUAAUCGGAAUUUAUGGGCUUGUGUUAGUGGGAGGUUCUGCUGGUGCUUUCAUCAUGAUAUGGAAGAUCAAAAAUGAUAAAAAGUCAGUGACAUCUAUUGCUGUCAUCAAUCUCAUGUCAGUGCACACAAUCUUUAUCUUAACUCUGCCUUUCCGCAUCUCCUAUUAUGUUUUGAAUAAAUGGAGCUUCAGCAAGAUAUUCUGUAAGGUAGUGAGUGCGAUGAUUCAUGUCCACAUGUACCUGUCCUUUGUGUUUUAUGUCAUUAUAGUUGUCAUAAGGAUGUCCAGUUUCUUUGGAGGAAAGAAGUCAAUGCGAUUUUACCAACCUUGGCACUCCUGUGCUGUCAGCCUGGCAAUCUGGGCAUUGGUGAUUCUUGCCAUCCUCCCACUGUUUUUCAGUUUCUAUGGUGCUUCAAAGGAGUAUAACACAACUGAAUGCUUCCAGUUCCAAAAAGAAAUUAGUGAAAGAUAUGUAAAAUCUGUGAACUACAUUCUUAUUGCUGUUGUACUAACAACAAUUUGUAUCUUGCUUGCCAUUGAGAUGAGGAUAAUAAUAAAAUUAGCAGCUAAGCACACCAGGACCUUACACAAACGACAGGAAUUUGGAGCACAGAAAAAGACAUUGUUGAUUUUAUUUCUUAUGAUCACAUGUUUUUUGCCCUACCUUGUCUACAGGUUGUUCUACAUUCAGCAAGAUGAGUCUUGUUAUAUUAUUAAUGAAAUAUUCUUAGCUCUAACAACAAUAAGCUGCUUUGAUGGGCUGAUCUUCUUUUUCACUGCGCAUUAAAAAAUUAGUCUGGUCUAGUUUCAAAUGAAUGCAAAUUAAUUCUCAUGUACAAUAAAGAUGUUCAAAAUUACUAACUGCAAAAUGUUUUGGUUAUUGAAUUAUGGACAUUAUAUAUACAUUUUAAAUCGUGGACAAUAAGUGCUGUAGAAAUGUGGUUGCAUAGUGUGCUUUGUAAAUGUGAUAAUUCAUAUAAAAUUAAGAUAUCUAAAAUUAUUGAAAAUUGUUUGUGAUUCUGUCAUAUGCUUGCAGAUAUGAGUAUCAUUGCAGUUACCAUUACACUGUUACAGUGCCAGUGACCAAGGUUCAAUUCCUGCUAAAGGCUGUAAGGAGUUUUUACGUUCUCCUCAUAACCACAUGGGGUUCCUCAGGGUGCUCUAGUUUCCCCCCACAUUCCAAAGAUGUAUGGGUUAGCGGAUUAAUUUGUCACAUGAGUGUAAUUGGACGGCAAAGGCUUG